UAUAGCAACACCCCUUCCCCCACCCUUCCUGUGUCUCCUUCAGCACUCUCGCAUGCCCGGCGUGUCGGAGCAGCUGACAGAGCACGCCCUCAGACAGCUCAACCUGAGCCACACCUCCUGGCGCAGUGGGCCCUUCCCACAGUUUGAGAGCAUCAAUGCUCAGAACAGAUUCAGCAUCCUGGCCCUGGUGAUGCAGCGCUACAACAAAGACCUGGACGCUUUCCACAGCCACGCGCUCAUCUCUGCCUGCAGGGUGUCCCACAAAUUGAGUCAGACAGGUUUCAGCCUGGACUCAGACUCGGAGCCGCGCAUCGCACUGAGCCCUGCCCUACUGGUGGAGCUGCUCAUCUCUGUCUACUAUGCCAUGUUCAACGGACACCACAAGGCGGCAUUGAAGGCCGUUGAAUCUGUGCACAAGAGAGCAAGCUAUGAACUCUUCUCAGAUGUUUUAUUGAUGACCAAUGCAUUGCUAAACUCCCAUCGGCGUGGGAACUUCAAGUUAGAGAGAGAUGAUUCAAUAGCCAAAAGCACCAAGAUAGCUCAUCCUCGUGGAACUUCCAUCACCAACGCAUCCUUCAAAGCCAAAAAACUUCCAGACGACAUCGAGUUUGUCGAGGGCGACGACGUCCACAAACUGGCAACGGUCGACGAGUUGGAGACGGAGCAGUCUGUGACCAAAGCCCUCAAGGCCAAGCUCAUGAACAUCGGCGGCAAGCUGGGCGGGGACCGGAACAAGAACCGGGACAGUCUGACCCCACGGCACGACGGCGACUCGCCGAGAGGAGACCCGAUGGACUCGGUGGACGUGGCUGUGGUUAAGGCAGGAGGUUUUGGCAGCAGCCGCCGGGGGAGUGGGGGGUCCAGCGUCAGCGGGAGUAGUAAGAUUAUCGUGGAUAUGUUAGAAAUGCAGCCAGUCAGGACACGCGGCCUCCGAAACCAGAAUGGUGGCGAUUUUGAAGAGAAUGGGAACGACAGCGGGGAGGCUGAAUACUGCGAAAGCUCGGAUGGGGGUAGUUCAGAUAAAACAACCGCUACGACUAAGAUAGCAUCGUCCUCUUUAAUUUUUUCCAAAAAGCAUGGUAUCUCCAAAGUGUCCGGGCAGGCGCCCGGCUCUCAGGCUUCCAGUAGAAUUACCUCGUCCCCCUCCGCCCCGGGUCAGUCCUCCUUCUCCUCCCCCAACCUCAACACGUCCUCGGUGAACGGGAAACCCCACGGGGACGGCCCAGAUUUCUCCUCCCCCCGCGCCCAGUCCGAGGGACCCGUAGGCAAAGAUGCGAAACCCAGAGCCCCUCCAUCUUUGUCCUCCAUGUCUACACCUCCCUCUUCCUCCUCAUCAUCAUUCCCUAACUCGUCCUCACAAGCUAUCCACUCUUCCUCCUCCCUGGCCUCUGAGCCACCUCAUGCCAACUCGUCAGUUCCGCACACGGCGGCCGCUCCGUCUAGUUCCACAAGCACUCAUUCCAUGCCGGAGGAGCUCAAUGCUUCCAGCAGUAAGAGGGAGAAACGAUACAGUGGGAAAGGCCGGGUCAAUCGCAAUUCCUAUAGCACAGACUUGUGACUUUUGUAUAGCUCUCUUUUUUUUUCAUAACACAUACACACACUCGUUUACACAAACACAUGUACACACACAUACAUGCUCACA